ACGUUGCUGCUUGGGUGACCUGCUCUCUUCUAACUGACUGUCCAGCGUUAGGAUGAUGACAUCACAAUGAGGAGACCAGUUGAUAAACCAUGAGGCCCCAUGAGGGGCGGACUGACAACUCAUGGGGCCCCUCGGGCAAUAGGGGAUCAUGGGGCCCCUGUGUUCUUGCUCAAACUCAAAAAGCCUAUGAAAAAGGUACCAGGGGCAUCUCAUGGAGCCCCUACUGACCCCGGGCCCACGGGCAGCGCACAAGUUUCCAAAUGGUCAGUCCACCCC